AUGGUAUCGCGAGGGCUGUGGAAGGGAGACGGACUUGAUCUACCAUCAAAAUGCCGCGAGAAUUAUCCGUUCGAGAACACAGUCUUCGAUUAUAGCAAUGUAUUUUGUUAUCUUUGUAACACACAAGACCUCAUUUAUCCAGAAGAAACAACCCGAAUUGAAGACAUUGCUGGAGUGGUCAAUGACGAAUUAACUGACCUUCAACCUGUAAAUUAUUCAGUAUUUGAUAUCUAUCAGAAUGUGUGUCGACCUGUAUUAUGUCCUGAUGGAAGACAAUUAGUUAAUGGUACCUGCAAAUCAUUGUUCCGGCGAUUUAAUGGUUACAUAUACACAAUCUGUUUGAAAUAUAAGAUUACGGUUGAUAGAUCACAAUUGGAUCGUUACUUACUGACUGACAAGUUCACAAAUGAGUUCUUAGUCAAAAUUGCCAAACCAGUAGUAGCAACGACGGACUUUUUUUUAAUGCAGGAUUUAAAGGCCAUACUCAGUAUGACCCCAUGCGUAAAUGGAUAUUUAAAUGCAACAAUGGCAAUUGGGCUGCAUCUAAGUCCUUCGAAAUCACUAGAAUCUGAGGAUGUAAUUAUUCGUCAUAUUCAGGACACAAUUAAGAUGACAGUUGGUUCUGAUGACACAGCACCGUUUACAAUUUUAUCAGUAGAGCAGAUACCUGAUUGUCUUGAAGAGGAUAUGACUGAACAAGGGGCAGACAUGAGUUGUCUUAAAUACCAGUCCCAACGCCCCCCAAGAGUUUUUGUAUAUCACACGUCUCUUAGCUAUUUAUUUUCAGCGAAACGAGUGACCGUUUCCAAUCUACUCAUGUGUGUACAAAUGGUACUUGAACGACUAGAAGUGGAUCACGAUUCGGACAUGGGUGUGAUCACGAUCCUGGCGAACAACAAAACUCUCACGUCAACAGAGUUCCAGUUGGAGGAUGCAGGCUAUCUGAUUUGUGUUGAAGAUUACAUAGAAAAUGCGAAAAUAGUCCAAACCAAAGGCUGUACUGCUCGGUCUGUCUCUGAAUAUGCAGAAUCAACAUCCAGAGUUGCCGGCCUUGGUGGAAGCAUAUUCUCAUGUUUACUGUUAUAUGUUAUGGUUUUUUUCACAUUCUAG